CAAAAAACUAUUGCCAAAUACAGAGUUUAAUAACUCUUAUAGUGCUAAUGCCAAAGUAACUGAUAUUGAUCCAAGCUUGAAUGAUAUUUAUGAAACAACAGAAAAUACAUGUAAUGAAACGGAUACAGAAUCUCAAUCUGAUGACAAUACUUCAAUUGCAUCUAUAUUAUUUUUACCACCUAGUAUAUACGAAUUCAACUAUUCCAACGAAAAGGAAAAAAAUCAACUUGCAAUGAAACAAAACCAAAGGCCAUCGUCGUCGUCAUUGAGAAUCGAUUCCUCAAAUUAA